UUCUCAGCGCCGCGACUGCGAGGAUGAAGCCAACUCUUUUUGGGGACGAUAUCUUUUAAACUUUUUUAAAGUAACAGCUAAUAGAGCGCAUGUAGACAAGUAGUGGUAUUAUGUAAAUAGGCGCUUAAGUUGUUUUUAACCAUUUGGAUUUAGCGUUAACCCUCAUAGUAAGACAUUUUUUACCGAGAAGUAACCGUUGAAGGGAGACAGCUCAACUUUUGGGCUGGCUGCCCUAUGUGGAUUUUACAGAAAAUAUGGAAAACAUACCCGGCUUCUUCUUAGGCACGGUUCUUGUCCUGGGCGUCUUCUUCCCGCCGUUAUCUCUAGCUCUGCAGUGUGUGAAUGAUAAGGCGCCAUGUGUUAACGAAGCAACAUGUCUGACCUUUAGCAAUGGCACCGAGUACUGCAGGUGUGCUCAAGGCUUUUUGGGAGAGUACUGUCAGUACAAGGACCCCUGUCACCCAAGAUACUGUCGGAAUGGGGGGGACUGUUCUGUUUCCAUGUCAGCUGGCGGGCCCGUUCCCGGUAGCGCUUUCUGCACCUGCCCUCUCGGCUUCACUGGACAGUACUGCCAAACUCCCAAGAACUCCACUUGUUAUCCCAACAAUCCCUGUUUAAACAAGGGUACCUGUACCCUGCUGUCGCUUGACAAGUACAAGUGUGAAUGUAGCAGAGGAUGGACAGGUCCACGCUGUGAGCAUGAGGACAGCUGUCUCUCCAGUCCCUGUGCCAAUGGAGGAAGGUGCAGCCCUCUGCCUGGUGGCAGCUACACCUGUUCCUGUCCUCCUGGCUACAAAGGUCCGCGCUGCCUUAACGACACAAAUGAAUGCGCAGACACACCCUCUCCCUGCCAGAAUGAAGGCGAUUGUGUCAACACCCCUGGCUCUUACAAGUGUAUCUGUAAACCAGGGUUCACCGGCACCAACUGUGAGAGUUCAUACAUCCCAUGCUCACCUUCACCGUGUCUCAAUGGGGGCACCUGCCAAAUGCCCACAGAUACCACCUACACAUGCCACUGCCUUGCAGGUUUUAAUGGAACAAACUGUGAGAACAACAUUGAUGACUGUCCUGGCCAUCAGUGUGCCAAUGGAGGGACGUGCAUAGACGGCGUUAAUACCUAUAACUGUCAGUGUCCUCCAGAGUGGACUGGUCAGCACUGCACAGAGGAUGUGGACGAGUGUCGGCUGCAGCCAAAUACUUGCCAGAACGGUGGCACUUGCAGCAACAAGAUCGGGGGCUACGUCUGCGUGUGCGUCAACGGCUGGAGUGGUCUGGACUGCUCUGAGAACAUCGAUGACUGUGUGACAGCCGCAUGCAGCUCAGGCUCCACCUGCAUCGACCGUGUUGCUUCUUUUAUCUGUGUCUGUCCCCACGGAAAGACAGGUUUGCUCUGCCACAGAGAUGAUGCAUGUAUCAGUAACCCCUGCAGAGAGGGUUCCCAUUGUGACACCAACCCCAUCACCGGGAUGUUUAACUGCAACUGUCCACCAGGAUAUAAAGGCACCACCUGUAACGAUGACAGAGAUGAAUGCAGCAUUGGUCCAAACCCAUGUGAGCAUGGUGGUCAGUGUGUGAAUACUGAUGGCUCCUUCACCUGUAACUGUGUCAGAGGUUAUUCUGGGCCAAGAUGCGAACAAGAUGUCAAUGAAUGUGCUUCAAACCCCUGCCUAAACGAUGGCACAUGUUUGGAUCGGAUUGGAGAAUACUCCUGCAUUUGCAUGCCAGGAUUUGAGGGGACUCACUGUGAGAUCAAUGUCAACGAGUGUAUGAGCUUCCCCUGUCUGAACCAGGGUAAAUGUGUGGAUGGGAUCAGCCGUUUUGAAUGCCUAUGUCCAGCAGGUUUCAGUGGAGAUAUGUGCCAAAUAGACAUAGAUGAAUGUUCCAGUACCCCCUGUUUAAAUGGAGCCAAGUGUAUCGACCGACCCAAUGGAUAUGAUUGUGAAUGUGCAGAAGGCUUUACAGGUGUGCUUUGUGAGCAGAACAUUGAUGAAUGCGACCAAGGGCCUUGUCACUAUGGUGUGUGUAAGGAUGGCAUUGCCACCUUCUCUUGUGAGUGCAACCCAGGGUACACUGGCUCCAUCUGUAACAUCCAAGUCGAGGAGUGUCACAGCAACCCCUGCCAAAACGGAGCGCGCUGUAUCGACUUGGUUGAUGCGUACCAGUGUAACUGUCCCCAAGGAACUUCUGGUGUGAACUGUGAGAUUAAUGAGGAUGACUGUGCCAGCAACCCGUGUAAAAACGGAGAGUGCCAAGAUGGCAUCAAUGAGUACAAAUGCGUGUGUUACCCUGGAUACACGGGAGUUAAUUGUGGUGUCAACAUCGACGAGUGUAACUCAAACCCAUGCAUGAGUGGGGGAACCUGUGUGGACAUGGUGAAUGGGUUCCAGUGUCAGUGCCCACCCAACACCUAUGGCCCCCUGUGCCUCUCAGGAACUGAUCACUGCGCUUCCCAGCCUUGUGUUCAUGGAGAUUGCAUCGAGCAGCAGCAUGGGUAUCGCUGUGAGUGUAAGCCUGGUUGGACGGGGCAACACUGUGAGCAGGAAAAGAACGAGUGCCUACCCAAUCCAUGCUUAAAUGGGGGCAGCUGCCAGGAUAGACUAAAUGGCUAUACCUGUCAUUGCAAACCAGGAUUCAAAGGAGCCAACUGUGAAAAGAACAUAGAUGAGUGUGCAUCAGGACCAUGCCUGAACCAUGGCAUUUGUAGAGAUGGAAUCAACAGUUACACAUGCCAGUGUAUUCCACCGUUUACAGGGGCACACUGUGAAGUCGAGCAGGUUCCCUGUGCCUCACAUCCCUGUGAGAGGGGAGGGACAUGCAGCCCAUCUGCAGAUUAUACUUCGUAUACCUGCAGGUGUCGACCCGGCUGGCAAGGAAAACGCUGCAAUGAAGAUGUAAACGAAUGCUUGAAAAACCCCUGCCAGAACAGUGGUCGCUGCAUAAACACCCAGGGAAGCUACAUGUGUAAAUGUCAACAUGGAUACAGUGGACACAACUGUCAGAUAAACAUAGACGACUGUUUACCAAACCCAUGUCUGAAUGGAGGCUCCUGUGUGGACAAAGUGGCCAGUUUCUCCUGCAACUGCCGUGCGGGUUUUGAAGGCGAUCGCUGUGAGAUUGAUGUGAAUGAGUGUGCCAGCCAGCCCUGCAGGAAUGAAGGCGUCUGUAGGGACUAUGUGAACAGCUUUGUGUGCGAUUGCCCUCCAGGCUUUAAUGGAAUCCAGUGUGAAAACAACAUUCAGGAAUGCACUGAGAGCUCCUGUCUUAAUAAUGGCGAAUGCAUCGAUGACAUUAACACCUAUUCUUGCCGUUGCCGGCCUGGUUUUUUCGGGAGGUUCUGUGAGUUUGAGAAGAACGAAUGCGACUCUCAGCCCUGUCAGAACGGCGGCACCUGCACAGAUGGCCUGGGGACUUACCGCUGCACAUGUCCAGUGGGAUACAGUGGACCCAACUGUCAGAACUAUGUGAACCUGUGCAACCAGGUUAAAUGUAAGAACGGUGGAACCUGCUCUCAGACAGUCACCUCCUGGACCUGCCACUGCCAGAUGGGCUGGACAGGACUUUACUGUGAUGUCCCCAACAUGUCCUGUCAGGACUAUGCUGCCAGGAACGGUUUGGAAGUGGAACAUGUGUGUAAGAAUGCAGGUCACUGUGUCAACGUGGGGAAUUCCCAUCAGUGCAAGUGUCAGUCAGGAUACACGGGCAGCUACUGUGAGGAGAUGGUGGACGAGUGCCAGUCAAACCCCUGUCGAAACGGCGCUACAUGCAAGGAUUACCAGGGCACAUAUGAAUGUGUAUGUAAACCAGGUUACCAAGGAGUGAACUGUGAGUAUGACGUUGAUGAAUGCCACGCCAAGCCCUGCCUCAACGGAGGAACAUGCGUCAACCUUAUCAACCACUUUACCUGCAUCUGCCCACCUGGGACACGUGGACUGCAGUGUGAGGUGAAUGAGGAUGACUGCGCUCCCAGUCCAGGCUCAUCUGAACCGCGCUGCAGAAAUGGAGGGCAAUGCAUCGAUGGCGUAGGCCGCUACACCUGCUCCUGUCCUCCAGGGUUUGUUGGAGAGCACUGUGAGGGUGAUGUCAACGAAUGCCUGUCCGGACCCUGCCAUAGUCCUGGCAGCCUCGACUGCAUCGAACUGGUCAAUGAUUACCAGUGCAACUGUCGCCUUGGUUACACAGGUCGUCAUUGUGAAUCCAUGGUGGAUCUGUGUGUGUCGAAACCAUGUCGAAACGGUGGCACCUGCUCCAUGAACAUGAGUUCAGUGCAUGGCUACACCUGUUCUUGUCUCCCUGGUUAUUCUGGAUUCAGCUGCGGUGAAACACAGAAUUUUAACUGCGCAAGGAGUUGCCAAAAUGGCGGACGCUGCAUGAAGGCACCAACAGGAAACUUGUACUGCCAUUGCCAGUCAGGGUUCAGUGGGGAUCACUGUGAGAAGUGCUCUGUGCCCUGUCAGAAUGGAGGAGUCUGUGUCAAAGAUUCAUUCCACCCAUUUCAGCCCAUCUGCCGCUGUCCAGAGAAUUUCUUCGGGAAAUUCUGUGAGAAAAGAGCCCCUAUGUCAGGGCCCCCAGAAUGCCCAUAUGAGCAGUGUAAGCUGCAGUCUGGAGAUAAAGUCUGUGAUGAGAAGUGCAACAAUCAUGAAUGCCAGUGGGACGGAGGUGACUGCUCACUCAACUGGCCGCAACCAUGGGCCAACUGCACAGCCAGCAUUCCCUGCUGGGAUCGCUUCAAUAACGGACGUUGUGAUCCUGAAUGUGACAACCCUGGGUGCCUCUUUGACAACUAUGAAUGCAGGGAUACCCAAACAGACCCCUGCAAGUAUGAUGUCUACUGCAAAGACCACUAUGGAAACGGUUUCUGUGAUGAAAGCUGCAAUACAGAGGCCUGUGGCUGGGACGGACUGGACUGUUCUGAUGGUGUACCAGCCGAUCUAGCAGCUGGCACGCUCAUCCUCGUGGUUCGACUGCAGCCAAAUGAGCUGCUUGGAGACUUGAGAGGUUUCUUGCGCUACCUGGGAGCUCUGCUCCAUACUAAUGUGCGAGUGAAGAUGAAUAAUAAUGAACCAAUGGUGUUCCCUUAUUACGGAGAUGAUGACCAGCAGAAAAAAAGUGGUCUAAGGAGCAGAACCAAGAGAGAGAUGGAGAGAGAGGUCAUUGGCUCUGAGGUCCACCUGGAGAUUGAUAACCGUAAAUGCACCAAGAUCGCAUCUGAGUGCUUCUUCAACACUUCUACUGCUGCCUCCUUCAUUGCAGCGGUUCACAUCAAAUCCGACCUGCCAUACCCACUGGUGUCUGUUAGAAGUGAUCCAACAGUGGGGGAGAAGUCAAUGUAUCCGUACUUUAUUGGAGUUGCUGUAUUCCUCAUUCUUCUUAUUCUAUUGCUGGGGGUGCUGGCAGCUAAGAAGAAACAUAAACAUGGGGUCCUGUGGCUGCCUGAUGGCUUCUCAGCCACUAAAAACGAUAAGAGGAGAGAGCCUGUUGGACAGGACGACUUUGACAUGAAGAACUUUAAGACACAUGAUGGGAGCUUGGUUGAUGGAGGUCAGAGACAGAAAUGGCUUGAAGAUGAAGCGCCAUCCAAAAAACCAAGAACUGAAGACAAACCUCUGCUUCCCAUCCCGAUGGAUGGAGGAGUCGACCAUAGAGAGUGGACUCUGCAGCACCGUAAAGCUGCUGACAUCACUCUCACCCCACCACAGGCCGACUUGGAUGCCGACUGUCUGGAUGUUAACGUCAAAGGACCUGAUGGCUUCACCCCUCUGAUGGUGGCAGCCCUGCGCAACGGCGGAGGCCCUGACUGCAGCCUGCAUGGCGAAGAGGAAGACGAGAGUGGAGGAGACGAACCUGGGCCCAGCGUUAUUUCAGAUCUCAUCGGUCAGGGAGCAAAUACGACGGCCAAGACUGACCGCACAGGGGAAACUGCUCUUCACCUGGCUGCCCGCUACGCCCGGGCUGACGCAGCUAAGAGGUUGCUGGAUGCUGGAGCAGAUCCCAACGCUCAAGACAACAUGGGCAGGACUCCACUUCACGCUGCUGUGGCAGCUGACGCACAAGGAGUAUUUCAGAUUCUGAUCCGAAACCGUGCUACGGAUUUAGAUGCCAGGAUGAACGACGGUACGAGUCCCCUGAUCCUGGCAGCAAGGCUGGCUGUGGAGGGCAUGGUAGAAGAGCUGAUCCACUGCCACGCUGACAUCAACGCUGUAGAUGAUCAUGGUAAGUCUGCAUUGCACUGGGCAGCUGCAGUCAAUAAUGUGGAGGCUACCCUUGUGCUUCUGAAAAAUGGUGCCAACCGCGACAUGCAAGACAAUAAGGAGGAGACGCCCUUAUUUCUUGCAGCACGAGAAGGCAGCUUUGAGGCAGCUCAGGUUCUUCUUGAUCACUACUCCAACCGUGAUAUCACAGAUCACCUGGACAGACUCCCGCGUGAUACUGCUCAAGAGCGAAUGCAUCAUGACAUCGUCCGUCUGCUGGACCAGUACAAUCUGGUUCACAGUCCACACAAUGGGCAUAACCACAUGGGUGGAGGGGGAAACUCCUCUGUUAUGUGUGGGGCUAAUGGAGCAGGCUUCAUCGGUAUGAGGUCUGGACCACAAGGCAAGAAGAGCAGAAGGGGAGCCGGGGCGAAGGCUGGAGGUGUAGGUGGGGGACCAAAGGAGAUCAAGGACAUGAAAGCCAAGAGACGGAAGAAGCCUGCUGGAGGAGAAGGCCCGGGUUUGGCUGCUACAGGAGGAGGCAGCGGAGGAGGCGCUGGUGGAGGGAGCAGCAAUGGAGUAAAGGCAGCAGGAGGACUUUCAGAGAGCUCUGUCACCAUGUCACCCGUUGACUCCCUGGAGUCCCCUCACUCCUACACUGGGGAGGUGUCUGCUGCUGUCUCAAACACCGCUAAUUCCCCUCCUCUCCUGAGCAGUCCCACCUCCAGAGCGAUGCUGCCCCCUGUCAGCCACAUGCUGGGACAGCAGCAAAACUGGAUGGGCAUGGCCAAGCAAGCCUACAACGGCCCCAUGUUUGGUCUCCUCCAGCACCCGAUGAGAGGAGCACACCCCGGCAUGAGCCACGGCCAGAGCACCAUGAUGACUCCCAUGAACGUCACCAUGAGCAGGGAGCAGCUGCCCCCCAUCGUCACUUUCCAGAUGAUGACCACGGGAAGCAGCCAGGCCAUGCUAAAGCAGUCUCAGUCGGGACAGGUACAAGUCACACAGGCCCAGGGGCAGAACCAGAAUCCAUGUCACACUCAGCAGGUACCGGGCCAUGUCCACUGCAACCCUGGAAUGAUUUACCCAAAUCAGAUGGGUCUGGGGCAAGGUCCAUCCCACCCCCUGCAUCCUCCCCACACCAUCAACCCUGCUGGAGGAAUGGAGGGCCAGUCUCGACCGCUGCCCCCCUAUGUGCCCAUCCAGAGCCCUGUGGAUAAAUACCCAACACCCCCCUCCCAACACAGCCCUCCCAACGGCUCGGAAGGCACCACUCCAGGUCACUCUGCCCACCCACAAAACGAGCAUCCGUAUCUCACCCCUUCCCCCGAAUCACCAGACCCCUGGUCCUCCUCCUCGCCUCACUCUAACUCGGACUGGUCCGACGUCACCACCAGCCCCACCCCACUGGGGAACUCCCACCAUGCACUGCAGGCUACACGCCACACACACAUUCCAGAGCAGGGCCAGAUGCAGCCGCCGUCGCAGCAGAUGCAGCCGCCCGCUCAGCAGCCUCAGCUUGGAAACAUGCAGGUGUUCGCAUGAAGCAGCCAGAGGAAAGCAGAGACAGACUGACUCUUUGGUUCAGCAAAAAAAAAAAAAA